AUGGUGGUGGAUGGUCAGUAUAUAAGUAUACUCAGUGACAAUUAUACUAGGGAUGAUCUGAUAACUGAGAAAAUGGCAACCGCCAGUACAGGUCAAGCUUCGUCGACAAGUGCGGAGCAGAAUCGUUGCUACCUGUUUCGUCUGCAAAUGCUUAUUAUAGACGGAGGACUACUAAUACUAAGAAAUAUUUUUGAUAAGAAACUUCAAAACUCCUCUCUAAGCCUUAGCGUAUUUUUACAACAAAAAAGGUUAAAACUAACCAAUCUAAGAUCAAAAGGAAAAAUAACACAAGUACAAUAUGAUCUACUAUAUCCAUCAGGCGGCAGUGGUUCCUUAACCACCGACCUAGACGUAACGUUAAUCAUGUUUCUGCUUAGGAACUUCAAGUCAUUUGGUCUGAAUAAGAAUUUCCAGUGGAACUCAUAUCCUGCACAAGGUGAUACUUCAAUUGAGGCUGAUAUGUUUCGUCUGACAAUGUACAGGAACGAGCUAAGUCACAUAUCUUCAACAAGAGGAAUUACACCGAAUGUCUUCACAACAAAGUGGACGGAGAUCGAACAGGUUAGGAUGGUAUUAUAUAUUACUAUUAUUUCGCAUUCCUUCAGUUUUGUUCUUUUGAGGUUGAACUCGAAGGCGACUCCCAUACCACAUCUUCAAAAGACAAUUGAUGACUUUAAAGUAAGUCCACUUGAUCAAGAGGCAGAGAGAAGAGUACAGAAGGCCAUAGACAGUUGGCAAAUGUUAGAAAAAGGGGUGGAGGCUGAAUUAAAACUGAUAAAAGAGGACACAAAGGACAUAAAACAUUCUGUGGAAAGUCAGGCAGAGAGAAUUGAUGAAUUAAACAAGAAGACGUCUGAACAUGAAAAACAAAUACAGGAAUUAAAGUUAAAGGAAGAACCUAGAAAAGAUGUUACAGCAGAGACACAAUCAAUGCGACUUUCUCAAUAUGAAGAGUGGACAAAAA